CACACCCAAGACCUUAAUUGCAUCAAAACUUCUUUCCUUCUGAAACCUUAUUCCCCUCUCAAGUCAGUAACCAUGCAAAGCACAAAACCUCACGCAGCCUUACUGGCCAGCCCCGGCAUGGGACAUCUCUUCCCCGUGCUCGAGCUCGGCAAACGCCUCAUCUCUAACCAUGGCUUCCAUGUCACCAUCUUUGUUCUAAACACGGAAGCAUCCACCGCCAAAAACCAACUUCGGGAUUCACCUGAUUCCAGCCUAUUGAAUCUCGUCCCACUCCCACCUGUUGACAUCUCAGGCAAAGUUGGCCCGGAUGCUCAUAUAGUAACCCAACUAGUUGUCAUGAUGCGCGAGUCCCUUCCGGGCUUACGGUCUACCAUAUCCGCAAUGAAGUCCCGCCCGACGGUCUUGAUCGUUGACUUGUUUGGAACUGAAGCUAUGGCGGUGGCGGAUGAGUUCAUGAUGUCAAAGUUCGUCUUUAUUGCCUCCAAUGCAUGGUUCCUCACCUUGACUGCAUAUUUUCCGACCAUUGAUGAAAUGGCGGAAGAUGAGCACAUAAAAGAACAACAGCCACUCAAAAUCCCUGGCUGCAAACCGGUGAGGUUUGAAGACACACUCGAAGCCUAUCUGGACCGGAAUAAUCAAAUGUACGAUGAGUACACACGGAUAGGGCGUGAAAUAACGGCGGCUGAUGGGAUUUUGGUGAACACAUUCGAAGAUUUGGAGCCAACGACGCUCAGAGCGUUGAGAGAUUCCAAGAAGUUGGGCAAGAUAGCUAAAGUGCCGGUUUAUACAAUCGGUCCAACUGUGAGACAGCUUGAACUACCGGUUAUGGGGAACCCGGUUCUGGAUUGGCUAGACAUGCAACCAACCGAAUCAGUGAUUUAUGUUUCCUUUGGAAGCGGAGGAACCUUACCGGCCAAACAAAUGACAGAGUUGGCUUGGGGGUUGGAGCUUAGCCAGCAGAGGUUCAUUUGGGUGGUCCGUCCUCCGGUGGAAAACGAUGUUUCUGGAAGUUUUUUCACCGUAGGCAAAAUUUCCGAUGGCACCCCAAAUUACUUACCGGAGGGGUUCUUGACUCGAACCAAAGACAGAGGACUUAUUGUCAACGCGUGGGCGCCUCAAACACUGGUCUUAAGCCACCCGGCGGUGGGUGGAUUUUUAUCCCACUGCGGGUGGAACUCAACCUUAGAGAGCUUAACUAAUGGGAUUCCGAUGAUUGUGUGGCCACUGUACGCAGAGCAGAAUAUGAAUGCUACGAUGCUUACGGAAGAGCUGGGGAUGGCGUUUAGGCCUAAGGCUUCGGAGUCAAGCGGGAUUGUGGAAAGGGAAGAGAUAGAGAUGAUGGUGAGGAAGAUCAUGGUAGAGGAGGAAGGGAAUAGGAUCCGGAACACAGUAAAGGAACUGAAACAGAGUGCACACAAGGCUAUGGAAAAGGGUGGUUCCUCUUACUGUUCAUUCUCCCAAUUUGCCAGAGAAUGUGAGAUAAGUCUAAAGGCCAGGGCUCAAGGAGCAUAGACAUCAGGUUGCAUUAGCUAUCAUAUCUGUAUGGCAGCUAGAAUUAAGAAAUAUUUUGAAUGCAGAGUUUAUGGUUUUAUAUAAUAAGUGGGUAUUGAUGUUUUUGUUUCUUUCUUUAUUUGUGGUGCUCCUCGAUGAUGUUUCACUGUCACCAUCUUAAUUUAUGGUUUAUGAGAAUCCUAUCAUGUGGAUCGAUCUGUUAUAUUUCGGAAA